CCAGAAAAUGCAGGCAUGAGAAAUGACCCAGUCCCGCACCUCCCGCAGCUUGCUCUCCCCGAUUCCUCCUGCGACGAGCUCGCCGCCCCGCCCCCGAUCUGCCCCCGCCCCCACGCGCCCUGCCUCAAGAUUUGGCAGCCGCGCCACCACCCACCCCCGGAUCAGGCCGCCGCGCCGCCACCGUUCUUGGAUCCGGCCGCCGUGCCGCCUGCACGAGGGGAUGCCAAGCCCUCGUGCUCCUCCAUCGGCAGCCACAGGGGGGACUCCGGCGCACCUUCCCUUCCUCUCUUCCUCUCCUUCCUUCUCCCUCACACCCUCUCUCUCUGUUCUCCCGCAGGUACCCGCCAUGGCCAUCAUGGACAGCAGCCAUGCGGCAGGAGCUCGCCACCAAAGUCCCCCGAGCACUGUCCGCCCCGAAUCUGGCUGGGAACCAGACGAGGCCGAGCCCUCACGCCCAGAUCCGCUGCAGCAAUCUCGAAGUUCGCCGCCGCCACCUCGGGCGGUUCAACUGACACACCCCUCUUCUGGAACCACCCGCCAGAACGACCAUCGGCCCUCCCUAAUCCUGCUGCAGAUUUGUGCACAUAAAGUUCAAAAAUAUAACGGAGAGAAGGAGCAUGUAUGCAUGUGUGUGGUGGUGAGGUUGAGGAUUCAGAAAACGUGUGUGGUGAUGGUGAGGUUCAGAAGAACAUGUGUGUGGUGGAGAAAUUCACUAGCUUUUUUAAUCGGGAGACAAGUAAUAGCUUAUUUUGUACAAACACAAGACAGAAAAAUGUAUGCAUCUUUUUGUAAGAGAAAUAAACAAAUGAUCAA